AUCAGUCCUCAUUCUGCUGGAUCUAUCUGCCGCGUUUGACACUGUCAAUCAUCAGAUACUCCUCUCCACUCUCUCAUCACUGGGCAUCGCUGGAAUUCCACUUCGCUGGUUUGAAUCCUAUCUCACUGAUGAUCCAACGGUAGCUGCAAGGAUCUCAGGUUGCCUGUCAGACAUCUCGGCAUGGAUGAAAGAACAUCACCUCCAGCUCAACCUGGCAAAGACUGAGCUUCUUGUCUUUCCUGCCGCUCCAACUCUACAGCAUGACAUCACGAUCCAGUUAGGUUCAUCAACAAUUACCCCAUCAACUUCGGUCAGAAAUCUUGGUGUAAUCUUUGAUGACCAGCUGACCUUCAAAGACCACAUUGCAAAGACUGCUCGAUCUUGCAGGUUUGCACUACACAACAUCAGAAAGAUCAGGCCCUUUCUGACGGAGCAUGCUGCACAACUUCUUGUCCAGGCCCUUGUCAUUUCUAGGCUGGACUACUGCAAUGCUCUUCUGGCUGGACUUCCAUCAAACACAGUCAAACCUCUACAAAUGAUUCAGAAUGCGGCGGCACGACUGGUCUUCAAGGAACCCAAAAGAGCCCAUGUUACACCUCUCUUUAUCUCAUUGCAUUGGCUACCAAUCGCAGCUCGCAUCAAGUUCAAGACACUGAUGCUUGCUCAUAGAACAACCACAGGCUCAGCACCCGCCUACAUGCACUCACUAUUAAGAAUCUACAUCCCCUCCAGAAGUCUGAGAUCUGCUAGUGAGCGACGCCUCGUGGUACCAUCACAAAGAGGCUCAAAAUCACUCUCCAGAACAUUCUCGUUCACCAUUCCUGGCUGGUGGAAUGAUCUUCCCACCCAUAUUCGAUUUGUUUCCCCAGGACCUCAGCUGUCAGAAGCCAGGGUCGUGGUCUUGGAACAGUUUGUAGGGUGGAAGACACGCGCACUGGUUCACAGCUCGAGGUUGCCUGGCUUUGUGUGGCAGGCUCCAGGCUGGUUUGUGGGGGCCGAGUACCGCUGGUACUUGCCUCUGACUGAUCUGAAAGAGAAUAAAUAA